AUGAGGACCGCAAAUACAACCAGCGUCAAGAUACUCAAGAGCAAUAAGGCAGAAGAUACUAUAAUUCCCCAACUAACCCAAGACGAACUACGGUCGAUAUUCUCACAGGAGUUAUUUGUAUUCCGUUGCGACCUAAACGCUACCCAAAUUACUUCGGCCAUGUUCUCUUAUCCCCAGCUUCGCGAUGUUGGUAUCCUCACUUCACAUGAUGUCUCUAAUCUCGCGCGCCAACUUCACACCCAUUAUCGUCUUGACCGCGUUGAUAAGGAGGUGCUCCCCCAUGUCAAGACCCUCAUUACAGAUAUUCAAAAUGGCAAAGUGCCCGGAAACCCAUUGGCAAGUGUACAUAUCCUAUCUUGCCUCAAGGAAAUGGAAGAGUUUGAUUUGGCCAAUGAUUUUUGGAAAUGGUUGGAACCUCAGAAUGAGGAUCACACCGACGCGCGAGUUUAUGGUGCCGCUAUUGAGUGUCUUGCGUAUCAGGGUACAGCGUUAGAUGUCAUGGAAGAUUUAUAUACGGAAGCCCUUGAGCGCUACUCGGAUUCCACUGUCGCAACAGUCGCCCGCGACACUGGUAAGGGAACUAGGAUCAUGCUCUUUCAAGGUAUUAUCACGGCCCGUCUUCUACACGGUGAUUGGGAAGCUGCCUACGAAGGCUUCGAUAUUUGUAUCCGCCUCUAUCCCACACUUACCCCUCCACGUAUCUACGAACUUAUAAUCUACGAGCGCUCUGUAAAAGAAGCAUAUAUUGCGUUCCUUAUGGCUUGUCGAGCUGGUACCCCACCUAAACCAACUGUACUGACGCCACUACUCAAGCAACUAUGGAGUGAGACGGGAGAUGUGAGGGCUAUGAUACGUGCAUUGUAUGCGUUUGUGGGUUCGGGGGGCAAGACAUCGUUCCAACAUCUCAAUAGUCUUAUUGGUGGAGUCUUUGGGACAAUCGGUCAAGUGCCAAAGAAUGCUAGAAGCGGAGAGGAGUGGGAUGAGGUCUAUGCAAAUGCGAUGACAUUUACUAGAAACCUUAUCAGCGCUUUUGCAAAGGCUGGAGUGCAGCCCUCGCUGUCCACAUUCAACACAAUCAUAACACUAGGAGGAAAGUUGGAGCGGAUGGAUCUUGUAUAUGGAGGACUGAAGGAAUUGGCAUCUGCAGGAAUGGAGCCAAAUAUAAUUACCUACAGAAUCAUCUUAAAUGCAUUCGGUGAACUCAAAGAAGCUGAAUCAGUUAGACAAAGUUGGGCAGAUCUUUGCAGCGCUAAAGCAGAGCUUGGAACACCUUUCGAUUUUAAAGACACUAUGGCGCUAAUUAAAGCUUGCGUACGCACUGAUCAAACAGACUUCUGCCGCUUUGAGCUUAAUCGCCUCAAAGACUCCCUGGGUUGGCACCUAUAUCGCUCUUCUAUGGACAAGAUCAACCACGAAAAACAAUCCAUUUUCAAUGAGGAUCUCGCUAAUGAGGUUUCCGACCCUGGGGCAGAAUUCCCCAUCUCACGAUCAAGCCAAAACGAAUUACGGGGGGAAAUUGAACAACUCGAAAAGGUCUUGGUAUCUUCACAAAUCCACAACUUCACCACUUCCACGAUGCCCCUGGUGCUCCCUCCCAGUCGUCUCAACCAAAGUGUGGUUGAUAUUGACUCUACCUCGCCAUCAUUUGGACCUGAAAUUCCGCGGACGGAGCUACAGGAGUUCUACGACACGCUCACAUCUUCGGCAUCAAAGAUCGAUAUUGGUGAGGACCCGCUGCUCCGGACUGCAACAGGAUACUCCGUACAAGACCUGCGAUUCGAGAACUGGCGUAGCGUGAACCGUCUUCUAUAUGAAGCCGAGAUUUAUGAAAGGGAGAAGAAAAACGCACUUGUUAGACGAUCCAAGGCGCGCGCCGCGAGGGAAGGAGUUGUCGAUACGGAGGACCCAGUUGAGAGUAAAGAUAAACAAGAAAUCCGAAGACUCUUCGCAACCGAGGAGCGAGCAAAGAAGAGGAUCGAGGAAAUCAAGAAAGGAAUGCAGGCAGUAGAUAAUGCGAGACAAUCCGGGGAAGGAUGGAAGAAGGAAGAGUUGAGGGUUAGAAGACAGAUGGGUGGCGAGAUGAAGGAAUAA